GCAGCAUUCCUUGCAGUUGCGUCCUCUUGAAAGUAUCGUGUGUAGCGCGAGAAGUGGAAAGAGAUAUAUCGGAUACUAGUCUGGCAUCGCGAGACAAUGGACGGGCACUACGAUCCAGGCCGCGCUCUUGGUGAGCAACCUGAGCAAGAGCUACGGCACCAUGGAGGCGGUGCACGGCCUGUCGUUCGUGCUCCGAAGGCACGAGUGCUUCGGCCUAUUGGGCAUGAACGGUGCGGGCAAGACCACGACGUUUCGCAUGCUCACCGGAGACCUUAGGCCCACCGCGGGAAACGCGUUCAUCGGUGACGCUGACCUGGUGACCAAGAGAAACAAGUACCAGGCACGCAUCGGCUACUGCCCCCAGGCGGACGUGGCCCUCGACUUGCUUACAGGUCGAGAAAUGCUGGCGCUAUUUGCCAGGCUACGCGGGAUUGGCGAGAAGAGCGUGCCCGACGUCAUUCACCAGACGCUGGAAUUCGUGGACAUGACCGAGUACGCCGACUUCACCGUCGGCACGUACAGCGGUGGCACCCGGCGUAAGCUCUCGCUGGCCGUCGCGUUUGUGGGCAACCCGAACGUGGUGCUGCUCGACGAGCCGACGGCUGCCGUGGACCCUCCGGCUCGAAGGCGCAUCUGGAGCAUACUGAUCGCCGCCAAGCAGCACCUCGAGCUCGCGAUCCUCUUGUCCUCGCAUUGCAUGCGCGAGUGCGAGGCCCUGUGCUCCCGCGUGGGCAUCCUGUCUGACGGCCGGUUCGCCUGCCUCGGCUCUACGCAGCAGCUCAAGGAGAGCAUCGGACACGGCGCCACGGUGCUGGCACGCAGCGCGUCACCGGACCCGCACCACCUGCUCGCGGCCAUGGAGUUGCGCUUCCCGGGCUGUCGCCUGCGGCGGCGCCAAGCCGGAGCGCUGUUGCGCUUCCACGUGCCGGCGCGUCCCUGGCACGAGCUGUUCGCCGGCAUGGAAGAGCUGCGUGCCGAGAAGCUCAUCCACGAGUACCUGGUCAGCGACGUAAGCCUCACCGAGGUCUUCCGGCACUUCACGAAGCACAAGCGGACGCCCGCGCCGACCCCUGCGCCGACGCCCAACAUUUCGCCGCCCCGCAGCCCGCGCCAGGUCUAGCGGGCGCCAUGGUGGGACUGCCGCCGUGGUCGUCCUCCAGGAGGCCUGCCGAGCGUCGCGCUUUCGUGGGCGCAUAUUUAUUGUUGAAUAUUUUAUUGCAAGUUUCUAAACUGUUUUGAUCUGCGAGCCACAAGAGUAAAUGGUCUGCACAACGUUA